AUGAAUGGCGUUCUGCUGUUAUCCACAUUCAACACCACAGCCCCAGAAUGGAGUUUAAAGCGGAGAUUAUGGGGAAUAACAACUUCAAUUUCAAGACAUAGAUAUAAUCAUAAUGUAAAGCGCAUAUCAUCAUCAUCCUCCUCCUCCUCAUCAUCAUCAUCUGAAGCUGGUGUUAAUGGCGAAUUGAGAAGGGCGUUAUUGGAACAAGUGGAUAAGGAGCUCAAUAAAGGCGAUGACAGAGCUGCACUCUCUCUGGUUAAGGAUUCGCAGUCUAAACCAGGCGGUUUGAGAUGCUUUGGUGCUGCUCAGCAGGUACCCCAGAGGCUAUACAGCUUAAAUGAAUUAAAACUCAAUGGCAUAGAGACUUCAGCUCUUUUAUCCCCAAAAGACAACACUCUAGGCCCAGAAGAGCUCUUAUAUUUCUCAUUGGGAAUCUUUUUCCUUUGGACACUUGAUUCGGUGGCUUUUGCUGGAGGAUUUAGCAGUCUAGUUCUUGAUACUAUUGGCCAUAACAUUAGUCAAAAGUAUCACAACAGAGUUAUUCAACAUGAAGCUGGACAUUUCUUGAUAGCUUAUUUAUUGGGAAUACUUCCAAAGGGUUAUACACUAUCAAGUUUGGAAGCUUUUCAGCGGGAAGGAUCACUCAAUGUUCAAGCAGGGACUGUUUUUGUUGAUUUUGAGUUUACUGAAGAAAUAAGCGCAGGGAGAGUAUCAGCCAAGAUGUUGAACAGGUUUUCAUGUAUAGCGUUAGCAGGAGUUGCAACUGAAUACCUUCUUUAUGGUUAUGCUGAAGGAGGUCUUUCUGAUGUUAACACGGUGGAUAAGUUGUUAAACAGCUUGGGAUUCACUCAAAAGAAGGCGGAUUCUCAAGUGAGAUGGGCGGUACUCAACACCAUCCUAAUUUUACGCCGCCACGAACGAGCACGAACUCAUCUCGCGAACGCCAUGUCAGCGGGGAAAUCCGUAGGGUCUUGCGUUGAUGUCAUAGAGAAAAACAUUGAUGAAGUUGACUUGAUGAUUUCUUGAAAAGAUGAAAUAUUUGUUCAAGUGUAUAUAUAUAUAUAUAUGUUUAUAUACUUGUAAUGUAUACAUUAUAGCUCACUAGAAGAAAGCGAGUGAGGAUACUUAAAAGUGGAAAUCACGACUUUUGAAUUUGUGAUUUAUGUUAGGUGAUCAGAAAAUAUUUGGUAGGAUUUUUAGUUUAAAAGAAAAUAGCAUAGGGGUGUACAAUGGUUCGGUUUAUGGUUCUUAAGUUUAUUUGGUUUGAAAUUCUUUUUGGUG